GCGGCGCGCUCUGAUAAACCGAUAAUAGUCAGUACAGUGCGCAGCCAUGACGUAACAUGAAAUUUAGUCAAAUAAUCUCAUGAAAACACUAAAUGCGAGAGCUAUUGCUUAACACUACAUUGUUGCGAACUCUUAUCCCGCAAACGACCGCGCUUUGGAUAUGCUUCGCGCACGAAAAUCGCGCUUGUGAACGAGGAUUAAACUCGGCUGUUGCUUGCUCCAAACCACGUCUUAAAUGUUGGAACGAAGUAAAGAAAACAUGAGUGACAUGAGGAGAAACGCUAUCAGGAGGAAGUCCAAACCGAUGAAGCGCGCAGGGACCGAGGUGGAGGAAUGCAAAGAAUGCUCAGAUAAAGCUGGAACGCCUAGCUGCUUUCCCUCCAAACAAUCUGAUGAAGAAGAGGCUUGUGUUGGAGUAAAGAUCGCUCAGAGCAAAGUUACUGGCAGCAGCAGCAGUCCUAUUGAACAAGGUGGUCGUAGUGAAAGAUUAUGUCGUGGAUCCAAAUUUAGCAAUAAAAGCAAUUCUGGAUUAAAUGGAAGAGGCUCAGACCGUCGGCCACUGCAUCCCAAACCACAAGUGCCUCCUAAGCCAGCGCACAUUAGCAGUCCGGUGACAGAAGUCUCCUUACCGCUGGGAUCUGGAAACUUAUCCGUCAAACCCAGCAUGGAGGGAGGAGUCGAAGGAGCUAUGGGAAAGGGCCGAGUGUCCAACCUCAUCAGCCGCUUUGAGGAAAGCAGUCACACAGACAUCAGGAGGGAGGGCACACAUCUGAAGCAGGUCAACAGAUCCACCAACCCGCCGCUCAAAAACCACCAGAGACAGACGGAGGAGUCCAAGGAGCAAUCCAAGGACCCCGGCUCGACCAGGAACAGCUCGCGUCAUGCCCUCAAACCCCCGAAUGGGGUCCCAGCCCAUAUGAACAUAGACCAGGAGAGAAUUAAAGACGACUCGGGCGUGAGGAUAGACGGAUUGCCAAAUGGAGAUGUUCAUGGGGACAGUAUGGACGGGAACUGUGUAGAUGCGUCUCAUGAGGAUAUAGACAGGAGCCAGGAGCAUGUGGAGAUAAAAACGGAGAAGGAGUUGCUUGUGGGGGACAGUAUGCCUGAGCCGAAGGAAACAAAUGAACAGAAGCUCUACAAAAUAGCAAAUGAGCUUCUGCAAACAGAGAAGGCUUAUGUCGCACGACUCAACUUAUUAGAUAAGGUGUUUUGUGCCAAGCUGAUGGAAGAGGCCAGAAAAGACAUGUUCCCUUUGGAAGUGGUGAAAAACAUCUUUUCCAACAUCUCCUCCAUUAACGCCUUCCACAGCCAGUUCCUUCUGCCCGACCUGGAGAAGCGCAUGGGGGAAUGGACGUCAACGCCUCGCAUAGGGGACAUCCUACAGAAGCUCACUCCCUUCCUGAAGAUGUACGGCGAGUACGUGAGGAACUUUGAUCACGCCAUGGAGCUGCUGAAGAGUUGGACCGAUCGCUCGCCUCAGUUCAAAGCCAUCAUUCUGGAGAUCCAGAGUCAGGAGGUGUGUGGCAGUCUGACGCUACAGCAUCACAUGCUGGAGCCCGUGCAGAGAGUACCGCGGUACGAGAUGCUCCUCAAAGACUAUCUCAAGAAACUUCCUCAGGAUCACACAGACCGGCGGGAUGCUGAGAAGUCUUUGGAGAUUAUUGCCAUGGCUGCCACUCAUUCCAAUACUGCCAUUAGGAAAACAGAAAACCUUAAGAAAUUGCUGGAGAUUUAUGAGAUGCUGGGUGAGGAGGAGGACAUUGUAAACGCUUCGAACGAGUUGAUAAAGAUGGGUCAUAUUCUGAAGCUGGCAGCCAGGAACACCUCCGCCAUGGACAGAUAUCUCUUCCUGUUCAACAACAUGCUGCUGUACUGCGUUCCCAAAUUCAGUCUGGUAGGGCAGAAGUUUACGGUGCGCACGCGCAUUGGCAUCGACGGCAUGAAGGUGACGGAGACGUUCAAUGAGGAUUACCCUCACACAUUUCAGGUUUCGGGCAAGGAACGAGCGCUGGAGCUGCAGGCCAGCUCUGAACAAGAUAGAAAGAGUUGGAUAAAGGCAUUCCAGGAAACAAUACACAUUUUCCACCAGAAAAACGAGACCUUUAAAUCGGCAUCCAAAGAAGCAGAGGACGUACCGGAACUUCAGAUAUCAGAGCUGGGAAAACGCGCCCCUCGCUGGAUACGAGACAAUGAGGUGACCAUGUGCAUGAAAUGCCGUGAGCCCUUUAACGCCAUCACGCGCCGGAGACAUCACUGUCGAGCCUGCGGAUACGUCGUCUGCUGGAAGUGCUCGGACCACAAAGCCACUCUGGAAUAUGAUGGGAAUAAGGUGAACAAGGUGUGCAAAGACUGUUACUCCGUCCUGACGGGUCACAUAGACGGCGAAGAGAGAGAGGGCAAGAAGAAAGGCAUUCUGGAGAUUGAAGCAGCUCAGUUCUCAGGCAGCAGCAUCAUGUGCGGUUUCCUGCAGUACUGUGAAAAGAACAAACCCUGGCAGAAAGUCUGGUGUGUCAUUCCCCAGAAAGAAGCUUUAGUCCUCUACUUGUACGGAGCGCCUCAGGAUGUGAAAGCCCAGUCCACCAUCCCCCUGCUCGGCUACCUGGUGGAGGACACGCCCAGACCUGCGGACCCUCCAGCGAGCUUCCGCCUAUCCCAAUCCAAGUCGCUCCAUAGCUUUGCAGCCGAAAGCGAAGAACUGAAACAGCGCUGGCUGAAGGUGAUACGGAUGGCGGUGACGGGAGAGGUCGCCGAGCCCCCUCCACCCGAAGAGACGGUUGCCACAGAGGUCACACAAGAGCCCAGCACUAAUGGCGUCUGAGUGGAGCGAGAGACUAUUGCUUUUCAAUUGCACUACUGUAUUGCCAAGCAUCAGUAAGAAAGACAACGUCUUGCUCACAGCAUUUAAAAGCCAUGGAUGGGUGCACCCUCGAGUUGUGCUUAUAUUCUGUUUGGAUACGAAUGCUUUUAUAACUUGGAGAUUUAAAGGACCGCAAGCACGAUGGAUUUUAGGCUCCGUGGUGCUACUGGAUUGGAUUUUGAGUUUGCAAGGACGUGAGCACUUCAGUAUUCAUCAUCACCGGCGAUACUACAGCUGAUGUUAUCAUUACACUGCAGCGCAAUGUAAAUAUUGUACCAUUAUAAAUACAUGUUGUAGGUAUAGAAUAUUGAGACGAAGAUUCGGUUGUUGACAUUGUAGCUUGUAAAGACGAAAUCAGGACAUGGACGCUCGCUAGGCUUCAAUCUAUUAUAGACUGUGCUGUAUGUUGCAUUCGGUUGCAGAUGAAUCUGCAUGCAAUAAACAAUCCUUCAUAUCACUGGGCCCGAGAAAUCAGAUCAAUAAUCUGUUUCAAUAUUCUCAAUCACAGCUGCCAUUGUUAUCAUAGCUCGUCAUCAUAAGCUAUAGCCCAUAGACUUGAUGCAUUCGAUUUGAUGGAGGAGGUGCUUAAUAAUAUCUUUGAAGCCAGAGGAUCUGAUAACAAAUCUUGAGUAUUGAUAUGAAAUAACUAGCUACAGGGGUGUAGGUGUUUUUGAGAAUCGUCUUUUUGUGAUGGACGUCUUUUUCUUUGCAAUCAUCUGAUCAAUUGGAUAAGGAAGGUAUAAGGUUAAAGGGACAGAUCACCCAAAAGAGAAAAUGUUGUCAAGAAUUACUCGCUCUCUAGUCUAGUUGUUCCAAACCUGUAUACAUUUCUUUGUUUGGUUGAACACAAAGAUAUUUGGACGAAUGCUUGGAACCAAACAGUUCUUGAACCCCAUUGACUACCAUAGUAGGAAACAUUACAGUGGUAGACAAAAGUUACGUGUUGUGGAUGUGACUUGUGCCAUAUCAUCACCAUUAAUACCUAUGAAACUAAUGAUUAAAUUACUACUAGAGCACAAAACAGUUUAGUAGAGUACAAAAUUCAUCAUAGAUCUAGUCACUUUAUUUUUCUCUCAAAAUGCCACCCUCAAUAGGACAAAAAUGUGAGUCUUAUUUGUUUUCUUUUUAAAAAGUAGGAUUUUUAUUAUGAUGAAUUUGGUAUGUUAAACUAUGUUUUUAUAUACCAUAAUUGGAUAAAACUGGUUUUGUGGGUUAUAAUUAUGCCCCCCACUUCUUUCGAGUCAUUCUGUGAUCCAAACACACAUGGCAUAGCAUCAAAGUUUAAGAAACGUCUGUCUGAGAAGCUCAAAAACGGCAUGUUACUAGUUAGUUUCAAGGGAAAUAAUGGUCAAAUAAUGUUCUUUUUGUUUGACAAAUAACCCUGCGUAUGUGUCUACUCUCGCAACUCUGGAAAAAAAGUUCAGGCGCAAGAUUUUUUGCUUUAACCCCUGACCCCAGAACUGUUUGCUGACCUACUUUCUUCAAAAUAACAGACAAAAAAAACAAAAAGUCAUUAUUCCUACUAUGGCAGUCUAUGGGGGUCCAAGAACUAUUUUGUUACAAGCAUUCUUCCAAAUAUCAUUCUCUGUGUUCGUUAGAAUAAAGACGUAUACAGAUUUGAAACAACUAAAGGGUAAGAGUAAAUGAAGACAGAAUUUUCUAUUUUUGGGUGAACUGUUCCUUUAAGAAGAUGGUUGUUAUUUUGUAGGUGAUGCUAAUUCUAUGUGGGCUGCACAAUCAGCUUUAAUAGCCCGCUGGGGCGGAGUUUGUUCUUUAAAUACUGUAAUUAUCAUUUUAUUUAAUAAUUUAUAGAAGAUAUGCAUGAUUUUACAUCAAAACAUUUUCAUUCCCUCCGUCGGUUCUGUUAUUCAGCUCUGAAUAUGAAUAUUAAAGCAACUUAAUAAUUCAUAAUUAGCCCAGUCUUUUUGCCUUCUCUACAAGUUUCUACCACUGUGUCUAUUGGAAGAAAUACAGAAAAUGUAAAAAGCUCAAAAAAUACAAUUUAUUAAUAGACUCCCAUAGAAACGUGAUGCGUCAUGAGUGAUUUGUAUGUUAUUGGCUGACUUUGAGUUGAUGUGUGUGCUUUUGUUAAACUUGUAGUGCAAAAUGACGCCAUAUUUGGAUUUGGCUAUGUGCCUAUAAUGUUUAUAAACCACGUGCAUACAUUUUAAGGAGUUAUUUCUAUAUCAAUUGUACAUGCAUAAGUGUGCGCUUCAUGGGCUAAACUUUAUUUAAAAUGAUUUGAAACGAUCCUUAUCAUGAAUGUAUCUCCCCAGAAUCGCAUCUACCCGUAAACCCAAAGGUGCUGAGAACGGAGGCCUCAUCUUAUACAUACCAACUGAAGCUUACGCACUUUACUGUCUUCUAUAAAGCAUACCUUGUCAAAUAAAACAAGAUUAUUCUGCAA